ACUUCCUCUCCCUCCCUCACUCAGCCAAAGCUGACUGGAGCCUAUAAGCGAAGCGCCAGAAGAGCUCUUCCCGAUAGCCAUGGCCAAGCCCCCGCUUCAAACGGCCGCGAUCAUCCUCCUCGUGCUCCUCGCGGCCGCAUCGUGCCUCCACACCGUCGAUGCCGCCGCUUUAGGGUUCUGCUGGGGCAAGUGCAGCGUUCGGUGCGCGGGGGCGACCGCGCGGCAGGCGCGAGCCGCGUGCAUGAGCUCUUGCGGCCUCUGCUGCGAGGCAUGCAACUGCGUGCCACGCGACAUCCAUGACUGCCCCUGCUACCGCAACAUGCUCACCGCCGGCCCCAAGAAGAGGCCCAAGUGCCCCUGAGACUGAGACUGCGAGGCUGACUCACAUGGCGGCAUCAAUGGGACUGCGACUGUUGCCUGCAACUGCGAUUCAAUCCAUGCUGAGCCAGACAACCUGUUAUGUUAUGGAUCCAGAUAUCUAUAUGGUUGUUAGAUUUUUUUUGUUAUUUUGUUGUUAGAUUUUUGGUUUUCUUUGUUCGGUAGUGAAUAAGUAGA